AUGGCAACAGCCGCGGGUGGAGCCAUCGCCGGUCCGACGGCUUCGGCGUCACGCCGUCGGCUGCUGCUCCUGACGGCGAACUACGCCGCGCUGCUGGUGGGGUCCGUCGCGUCGAGCCUGCUGUCCAGGUUCUACUUCGCGCACGGCGGGCGCAACCGGUGGGUGGUGACGCUGGUGCAGUCGGCGGGCUUCCCGCUGCUGGUCAUCUCCGUGUUCUUCGCCGGCCGCCCUGCCGUCGCGCCGCGCCCGUUCACGUGGUUCUCGAGGCGGUUCCUCACGGUAUGCCUCGUCAUCGGCGCGCUCAUGGGCGCCAACAACCUGCUCUUCUCGUACAGCACGUCGUUCCUGCCGGUGUCGACGUCGUCGCUGCUGUUGUCGACGCAGCUGGCGUUCACGCUCGUGCUGGCCGCCAUCAUCGUCCGCCACCCGCUUACCUUCGUGAACCUCAAUGCCGUCGUCCUCCUGACCAUCAGCUCCGUGCUCCUGGCGCUCCGCUCGGGGGACUCCGGCGAGAACCCCGAGGGGGGCAGCGCGGCGCACUACUUCGUCGGAUACGUGGUCACGCUGGGCGCCGCGGGGCUGUUCGCCGCGUACCUGCCCGUCAUGGAGCUCCUGUACCGCCAGGCCGUGUCCGGCGGGUUCGUCCUGGCCGUGGAGGUGCAGGCAGUGAUGCAGGCCAUGGCCUCGCUGGUGGCGGCGAUCGGGCUGGCGGCGAAGGGCGGCCUGGACUGGGACGUGGCGCGUUGGAAGGGCUCGGCGGCGCUGUACUGGGCCGUGGUGUCGACGCUGGUGCUGACGUGGCAGGCGUGCUUCAUGGGCACGGCGGGCGUGAUCUACCUGACGUCGUCGCUCCACAGCGGCGUGUGCAUGACCGCCGUGCUCACGGCGAACGUGCUGGGCGGCGUCGUUGUGUUCGGCGACCCGUUCGGCGCCGAGAAGGGCAUCGCCACCGCGCUCUGCGCCUGGGGCCUCGCCUCCUACCUCUACGGCGAGUACACCAAGAAGAAGAAGGAGGUGGCCGUCGCCGACCUGUCCGCUGCCGACGCCGACAGCGUCCGGAAGAGCCUCACAGCAGGCAGUGGCCCCGGAGACGAGCUUGAAGCCGUCUGA